AGCUCGGUCAAUGCAAUAUCGGAUCACAUCUAGCGGCUCCCUCGUGAAGUAAUAAGCAGGUAGCGACUGAACAAAACGAGUGCCCCCCCCCCGUCCCGGGCUCUCUGUGGGUGACUGCACGGAGGGGAGCGGCAGCCUCUCUCGGUCUCUGUCAUCAGGAUUCCUUGAUGUUCACAAGCCACCAGUGGCGCCCUUUCCCCGCAGGAUCUCAGGAGUGUCUACGGUCUUCCAUCUAAGAAAAACAAAACAACAAAAAGCGGUUCGAUAUCACACUGCCUGUCGCCUAAGGGAAAUCAUAGAUCAGCCGAGUUCGACGCGUUCUUUUUUUUUUUUUUUUUUCCUUCGCCCCUGCGGGAGAGGUGUCCGAGGGGCGGGGCCGGGGAUUCUCGUCAAACGCCACCUCCGUGUAGCUGCUCCCCGCGCGGCGCUGGGGUUCGGGAGUUGUCCGGCGGACGGCACGCUGACUCCCGCUGCUGACCGGCUGAACGGAGGGCUCGUCUCGGUCGACCGCAGCCCCGCCGGACUAUCAUCCACCACCGCCGCCAUCUGACCGCCGAGGACACAGGGAGCCGCCGCGCCGGGCGCCGACGGGCAGGGACGCGAUCCGCGGAGCGCCACGGCUGACGACGUGUUGCAAUUAGGCGGCGGAGCCCCGAGCACCGAGCCGCCCGCCCGUCAGCACGACCCCCGUGUGAGCCAUCGCGCCGCGUGCCCCGCAUGUGUCGUCCCUGCCGGCGGAGAACCCGGGGACGCUCCGGCUCGUCGGAGCCCAUUCAUCCGCCCGCGGCGAUGACGUCGGCACGGGGGUUAUUUUUAAUUUAAGCGGCGAGACGUUUGUGAAUUCUCCGCGCACUCGGGGCUGAGGCUGAGGCUGAGGCUGAGGCUGGGGCGGAGGCGGAGGCGGGCCGGCGGUCGCAGGGACAUGGCAGCGCGAGCGGAGCCGAUGCAGUGGAGCUCGGCGAGGCGUCGUCAGAAUACAGGGCAGUGAUGCCUGGCAUGGUGAUGUUUCGGCGGCGCUGGUCAGUUGGAAGUGAUGACCUGGUGCUGCCCGCCCUCUUCCUUUUUUUAUUGCACUGCAUCUGGUUGGUGGUUCUCUCCGUGGUUCUGUUCGGCCUCCCUUAUGGCUCAGACCAGUCCUGCUCAAUAACGCUGGUGGACCAUGGCCGAGGCUACAUGGGCAUCCUGGUUAGUUGCCUCAUCUGUGAGAGCGCCAUCAUGUGGCUGAGCAUGAGAGGCAGCAUUUUGUACACACAGCCCAGGGAAGCUGUGCAGUACGUCAUCUAUAUACGACUAGCUAUUCUGUUGGUCGAGCUAGUAUAUGCUGUGGUGGGAAUUGCGUGGCUUGUCCAAUAUUACCAGCCAUGCUCUGAUGUCACAGCCAAAAACCUGGCUUUGGGAAUCGUUGCAUGCAACUGGCUUGUGAUAUUCAGCGUUUGCAUUACCCUCAUGUGCACCUUUGAUCCUACGGGUCGGACAUUUGUGAAACUGAAAGCCACCCGUCGGCGUCAGCGUAACCUCACAACAUACACACUUAGACACAGGCUUGAGGAAGGCCAAGCCAGCAGCUGGAGCAGGAGACUUAAGUUCUUCAUGUGCUGCACAAGAGCCCAGGAUACACAGUCGGAUGCAUAUUCAGAAGUGGCCAGCCUUUUUGCAGAGUUCUUCAGAGACUUGGACAUUGUGCCUAGUGAUAUCAUUGCUGGUCUGGUACUUCUCCGUCAGAGACAGAGGUCUAAGAGAUCUGCUAUCUUGGACCAGGUAUCACUGUCUGUAAAAUAUAUGGCCAACAAUGACAUUUUAGCCUUCUUAUCUGGAAUGCCUGUAACUCGCAAUACAAGAUACCUGGACCUCAAGAACUCGGCUGAGAUGAACAUGUACAAGGAUGUGUGUUAUUACAUGCUCUUUGCCCUGGCUGCAUAUGGCUGGCCCAUGUACCUUAUGAGGAAGCCUGCCUGUGGGCUGUGCCGCCUCGCCAGCUCCUGCCCAUGUACAUCAGUGUCUGGCUCUCGGUUGUCCCAGUCCGUGACAGUAGAGGAGGACAAUUGUUGCGGCUGUAAUGUCCUGGCCAUACGCAGACACUUCCUGGAUCGGGACCUCAAGCAAGUUCACAUUGUCUACACUUCCUGCCACGAUGCUGUUUAUGAGACUCCAUUUUUUGUGGCAGUGGAUCAUGCGAAAAAGAAGGUUGUCAUCAGUAUCAGGGGGACCCUAUCGCCAAAGGACGCCUUGACUGACCUGACGGGGGAUUCUGAACGUUUGCCCUUGGAGGAACAGCAUGGGACCUGGCUUGGCCACAAGGGGAUGGUUUACUCAGCAGAAUACAUUAAGAAGAAACUGGAGCAGGAGAUGAUCUUGUCACAAGCCUUUGGAAGAGACCUGAACAAGGGCACCAUGCAUUAUGGGCUGGUUAUAGUCGGGCACUCUCUUGGUGCAGGCACUGCUGCUAUUCUUUCCUUCCUGCUGAGACCUGAGUAUCCCACACUCCACUGCUACUCUUACUCCCCACCUGGUGGCCUUCUAAGUGAGGAUGCCAUGGAGUACUCCAAAGAGUUUGUAUCGUCUGUGGUUUUAGGAAAAGACCUGGUACCAAGGCUCGGCCUUUCUCAAUUGGAGGGUUUCCGACGCCACCUCCUGGAAGUCUUACAGAAAAGUAACAAGCCAAAGUGGAGGAUCAUUGCGGGAGGCACCAAAUGCAUCCCGAAAUCAGAGCUUCCACUAGAGGAUGAAGAUCCUCAGUCUCAGCCAGCAGCACCCCCCAGUAGUCGCCUGUGGCUCCACCCCAGUGACCUCAGCAUUGCCCUUUCAGCCUCCACCCCCCUCUACCCUCCUGGCAGAAUCAUCCAUGUGGUGCACAAUCAUCCUCCAGAGACAUGCUGUGGCCAGGAGGAGCCGACCUACUCAGCUCUGUGGGGCGACAACAAGGCCUUCAAUGAGGUCAUCAUAUCACCCGCCAUGCUUAAUGAGCACAUGCCCCACAUGGUGAUGGAGGGCCUGAACAAGGUGCUGGAGAACUACAACAAAGGGAAAACGGCUUUGCUGUCAGCAGCCAAGAUCAUGGUGAGCCCCACAGAAGUGGACCUGAACCCGGAGACCAUGUUCGUGGAUACAUCCGCAACUUCUCAGCAGCCGACGCCUACAGCCCACCACCGCAGGAACAGUAGUGUUCGACAUAAACCAUUGUCACGUUCGUGUGCCCAGUCUGAAAUAUCUUUGGAUGGUUUCUCUGAGUGCCCACCUCCCCCAGUGCCUGUGGUGCUGCGUGGAGCACGGGAGCGGCUGACAGUGGAGCUGAGGGACCGCAAAGCGCCGCUGGCCGUCAUGGAGAGUCUCUCAGACGCUGAAUCCCUCUAUAGCUUGGAUUCUCGACGCUCCUCAGCUGCGCUCAGGGGUUCACCAAUGCUGGGUAGCCUCUCAUUCCCUUUGGAUGCCCCGAUCCCAGAGGAGAACCCAUCUCUCAGCUCUCGCACUGAACUACUGGCCGCUGACUGCCUCUGCCAGGCAACACCAGAGCAUCUGGGUGAGGAUGGGCCCUUCUUUACCCCACUGGAAACCACAUCCACUCCGGAUUACCCCAUGCGACUGUCUCCCGCCACACCUCGCUUCAGUGGACACCAUCCUCCACCCCUGCUGAACCAGAGCGCUUUGGCUCAUCCUUUCAAGCCAGAGCUUAACGCCAACACAAAAAUGCUUCCUGAUGGGGAUCACCAACAAAUUCCUGGUGUCUACAGCCCGGGGAGCACCCCUAACACUCCCCUCAGCCCUCAGAUGGGUUCUAGACCAGUCGAUAGAGAAGAUGAAGAAUGGGUGCUGGACACUGCAAAGGAACAGUUGAGUGCUGAGACCAGACUGGCAGCUUCUACACCUCCACCCCAACUGUCCAAUGGAAACCCUAGCCAGGCAGUGCUGGAGUUCGCCCAGUACUUAGACUCUCUAUUCAGACUGGACGGCAGCAGCUCUCCGCCUCUGGAGCUGUCUGACGGCGAGUCAGAGUCAGGCCGGGGCUCCUUUGGGCAUGGUGAGUGUCUCACAGAUGGACAGCAGUUGGAUGACAAACAACUCCUGGCCAGAGCGACAAUGGAGCCUAACCUAGUCCCCAAACCUCCGCGCACUUUUGCUGGAUCUGCUGAUCCCUCUUCAGGCAUCUCAUUGUCACCCUCCUUCCCUCUGUCAUCGUCCGAGGAGCUCAACGACCUUUCCCCUGGUGAGGGCGCCCUGCCAGCCAUACACUCCCUACGAACAUCUACCCCUUGCCACUGCCCUGAAGAGAACACACUUUCAUCUAUGGUGUAGUGUGCGCCCGAGACUCUGAUGUCCUAAAUUGAGAAGUGCAGUCAUCCAAAAUUUAAAACAUAUCACAGUACAUGCAUGCAAUGGAAUGCAGUCACUUAUCAGAGAUUCAACGACAGAACUUGACUGAUCAACUCACAAACUAUUUCCAUUCUUCAGGUGUCCCCCCUUGAAGGCUGUUUAUAGCAUUUUCACACUAUUGCAAUGACUAAGAAAAAAGAAAAAAAAGAUACCUCUCUCUGCAUGCCAGGGGGCUGUGCUGCUUUUGGGUGAAUAUAAAUAACUGUAGCUUCACAAUGCCAUUCCAAAACAAUGUUGUCUCACCCAAGUAGGGACACGUCAGCAUUGCAUCAAUUCCCUGACUUAACAAAAUCAAAGGGAGAAUAGUUAACUGAGCAGGGAUACACAAAAACUAACACUGUAGAAUAGGUUAGCGCAGGCACACCAUCUGGGUUGAUGUACUGUACAACUUCCUGCUCCUACAGCAGCUAUGGAAAAUUUGUCCAGUUUUUACUUCAUUUUAUUUAGGAUUUUUUUUAUUUUAUUUUAUCAGGACUGUGAAAAUGGACAUUGUCAAUAAGCAGAGGUGAGAAGACGAAAACGAAAUGUUCCUCAGGUCUGUAAAGAAUUUUACAGUUUGAGAAAGAGUAUGUGUGUUUCAUUGGUGAGAAUUCACGUGUCUUAAAAAACUUAAGUGAUUGUGACAAAGUCAUUACAGACGCCUAUGGAUGUUUUUGAGUCUUUUGGUUACUCUUUAUAGUGCAUGAAGACUUUAUUUAAUUUUUAUUUUGGAAGAGAAAUUGUCACUAAGCCAAUUAGAUUGACAUUUGAGUACUCUUGCACACAUCAUAUUGCUCAAUUUACCCCCCUUUGCCAAAAAAUAAUACAUUGUAUUGCCAAAUGUAUUUAUGAGAUGUAAUUUUGUAUAUGUAUAUGGAUAUUGCUUUAUUUAAACUCAAGCUAAGUUCAUUAUCUCCUCUCAUAGCCACACUGUUGGUUCCCAUGAAGACUGUUAAACAGCGACACCACAGAAGAGAUGUCAUCCUGACCGUAAAAACACUGCCAUGGCUUUGAUUUUUGAAAACACAACCUCUGUACCUUGGAUUUGAACCAAUAAUGAACUUGCUAAUAAUCUUAGUGUCAUAACUACUGUACCUUUUUACUCUUAGCAACCUACCAAUGUCAGGGUCUGCAUGCUUUACGCAUUCCAGAGUAGCAUGGCUGAUAUAUUACAAGUUUUUGUCAUUAAGUCACAGCAAAUAAGCUCUAAACGUUUUCCAGAAAAUAAACUCGGAUCAAACCUUUGAGAGGCUUAUUUAAAGCCCAGGUCACCAGAAAGGACCAAACUGUGAACUAAAAGUGUCCCAGGAUGUCAUUUCUCUUGUUCUCAAGGUGCUCUCCGUCAUCUUGGAUAUGAAGGUGUUUGCUUCCCUUUAAUGUGGUUAAUCUCAAACAUCCUUGAGGUUGGACUGAAAAGAAUAAACGGGCUUGAACAUCACAUAUGCCAAUUCUAAAUACUGUAUGUGGUAUACAAUCUUCCAUAUCACUCUGGGUGUAAACAGGUGGCUCACGAUUCACAUUAUUUAUUCUUGUUAAUGUUUUUUUAUCACUUUUAUUGCUGUGUUUGAUGGUAUUAUUAUCCUUAUUGCGCUUUCAGCAGAUUGGUUUGAUGUCAGUGGUUUUAAUCUCAGUUUUUGGGACAGUGCGGGGAACUUUUUAGACUUUCUCAAAUGUAAGGAGUUAUAUAUUUCAGCUUUUUUUCUGUCCGAGUGAAACGGUAUGUGACAUUCUGCCAUGGCAUGGUGACAAUAUGCUCUCUCUUUUUUUUUAUACAAAUCUUUCAUAGUGGUGUGACCUGCUGCAGACGACAGCCUCACAGUGACUUUUGGUGCAGCCCAACCGUCAGGCCUGGAGUCACCACAGUGGUCUGCACGGUCUCUAUUUGGAGUAUGAUUUGCUGAGGUUACUCACGGCAGACAUCUCCAGCCAGUUUACAGUGUGACACUACACAAAUCAUGCAGCCAGUCCCAGUAGUCUCUCACUAGACACACCAAGUUUGGGCCAGGAAUAUCCUCCGUUCAGUAGCUUUGCUUUAAGCCGGUCAUACAGUCAACACUGCUGAAAGAAAAGCACUACAAUACUUUCCACCAUAAUGUGUACAGCACCAUCUUCUAUGUGUAAUUAUUUAUGCAGAUGUCUAAAAAAAAAAAUAUAUAUAUAUAUAUAUGAAUUCCAAUAGAGUCAUGUAGAAAAUAACUAUAUAACAAUAAGGAGAUAAUGACUAUGUUAAAAGAUACCAGUAUUGAUACAUAGAAAAAAAUAUUUCAUUAAAAGUUAUUUAUUCAAAAUAUUGGCAGAUUUACAAAUUGGUCUAUACUGAAAGAGAAAUAAGUCAGUUAUGUCUUGUCCAUGUUUACCUGGUUUGCUUCCCCUCCUUUCCUGCCCCACAACGAGAAUGUAUUUAACCCCCUCCCCUGCCUGUAAUAAACUACAAACUAUGAAAAUAA